AUGCUUGUUGGGUGGCGCGAAAAUGAUAGACGGCAGCGGCGAGAGAAGCGGUGGAAUUCCGGAAAAUCGUUCGAGGAAGCACGUUGCAUAUCCAUCCUGUUGUUCGAAUCGCAGCGGCCGAAUCCAACGAUUGGGAUAGCCGAUGGGAAAGUCGAAUGUUUUGCUGGUCGGAAUCGUCACAACCAGAAUUACUUCUUGUUCUUCCCUAUGCCCUGGAAUAUUUGUCAGCUUACUGAACAUCAAGCGAGGAAUGCCGAGAACUGGAAGCGGCUGCUGCUUCAAACUAGUACUAAAAAUACCAGCAGAAGCAAGACUCAAAGUAGUACUCAGAAUAUCAGCACAAGUAACAUCGAUAAUAACAGUACGAAUACCAAUACAAGUACUACUAGUAAUGCAGCGGAAAUGAUCAGAGCAAAAGAAACAGUAAAGAAGACGAACAAGAAGGUCCAACAACAGCGACAUAAUAAUAGCAAAUUCGGCAGCAAAUUCUCCAGCAACAGAUUUGAAGCUUUGUUACUGGAUGAGGAUGGAGACAAAGACCGGCCAUAG